GAUUUUUUUCCCAGCCCUGUGAAUAGAGAAAAUAAAUCGGUCAUGUGAUUUUUUUCGCACGAAGCAGUCACCUGUCGCGGCCGAGAAAAUACAAUUACGCCUUCAAUUCGCUAGACAAGAAAAACCUGCAAAAUGGCGGCCCAAAUACGCACAGUGGUGAUAUCGACUUUCCUGGGGCUCUUCACGACCGCAGCCACCAUCCUCAUCCUGUACUUUGUUUUGACUGGCAAGGGCGAGCGGGUGAGCGUUGGCUGGUUCCUUGCCGCGUCGAAUCCGUACAUGUGGGCCUGCCUGGGCAUCGGACUCGCCGUCUCGCUGUCUGUGGUGGGUGCCGCCCUUGGCAUCCACACGACGGGCACCAGCAUUGUUGGCGGCGGUGUCAAGGCUCCCCGCAUCAAGACCAAGAAUUUGAUUUCCGUCAUCUUCUGUGAGGCGGUGGCCAUCUACGGCCUGAUCACUGCCAUUGUGCUCUCCGGCCAGCUGGAUCAGUUCCAAAUGGAGACGGCCCUGAACAAUCAGGCUAUCAUGAACACCAACUGGUUCUCGGGCUAUUUGAUCUUCGGUGCUGGUCUCGCCGUCGGCCUGGUCAACUUGUUCUGCGGCAUUGCCGUUGGCAUUGUUGGCUCUGGUGCUGCUCUCUCGGACGCCGCCAAUGCGGCCCUCUUCGUCAAGAUUCUGAUUGUGGAGAUUUUCGGCUCGGCCAUCGGUCUGUUCGGCCUCAUUGUGGGCAUCUACAUGACGUCCAAGUCGAAGAUGGGCGACAAGGAGUAGGCUGCCAGUGUUCAGAACUUCACUUAAUCAUCGGCAAGAAGAACAAUAAUCAGACCAGUCAUCAAGUCAUUCCCCCCACCCCCCUCUUACCCAAGGCCCCUCCAUCGCACAGCAACAUCAGUGAGGGUCGGCCGUGUUUUUUUUUCUGGAAAUUACAACAAGAAGCUUGCAGUUACAGUUUGCAACACCCCCCAAUCCAAUCUGCCGAGACACGCAUUAAACUGGGACUUUAGUUACUUAUUAAGUUGAUAGUUUUGUAGAUUUAAAUGUUUAUUUUUACGCCACGCAUACUCGCGCAAUUAUCAGCAUCCAAUUUUCAAUUGAUUGCUGAGUGUGCAUGGUGUAAAAAUGACUACGAUUCGUUUUGUUUUACAUAAUCUUUAUUUUGCCAAACGAAAGACAAUUAUGUGUUUGUGUGUGUGUGUGCGUGAGCUGUGAGUGCGUGUGUGUGUAUAUUUAUGUUACUAAGCAGUUUGUUAUGUUUUUGUUUCUUACUGGCAAUUGUAUUUCUAAAUGAGAAUGUAUUAUAUUAACUACUACAAAAACGAUGAACCAUGUAUAUUUGAUGCUGCUGCUGCUGCUAAUGGCAGAAGUAAUGGAAGAUACACAACAAUCGCAUUAUUAUUAUUAUACAUAGCAAGUAUUCCAUAUUAAACAAGUAAUAAAAUCAAUCCGUUUUGUUUAUCAA